AUGAAUAGUAAUAUAACAAAAAAUAUAGAGGGACAAAUACUUGAAGCCCUUAAAGAUAAAGAAAAAGAAAUAGAUAAUGAAAUAAAAAAAUAUGAAACAUUAGAAAGAAGAAUAUAUGAUGAUAAUGAUGAAGAGUUAGAAAAUAUAAAAAAUAAAAGAUUACAAGAAUUAAAAAAUAGGCAUAAUGAAAAUAGAAGAUUAUUAAGUAUGGGUCAUGGAGUAUAUAAAGAAAUUUUAUCUGAAAAAGAAUUUUUUGAUAUUUGCAAAAAUUCAACUAAUGUUUGUUGUCAUUUUUAUAGAAAUACUACAUGGAGAUGUGAAUAUUUAGAUUCAAAAUUAAUUAACUUAUCUAAAAAAUUUAUUCAUAUUAAUUUUAUAAAAAUUAAUGCUGAAAAAUCACCUUUUUUAUGUGAUAGACUAAAAAUAUGGUGUAUCCCUACAUUAAUGCUUAUACAAAAUGGAAAAACUGAGCAUUCAAUAAUAGGCUUUGAUGAAUUAGGGGGAGAUAAUUUUUCUGAACAAACACUUAUUAAUGUUUUAAAAAAAUGGAAAUUAAUAAGUCAAGCAGAAGAUGAUGGAUAA